AAUACUUGCGGUGCGUCGCCUGCCCACUCAGGCCAAGGGCCCUGCUCGGUUUAAUGCUAAAACGGCUUCCGUAUCUGAUGGAAGUUGAGUUCUCCCUCGUGGCUGAGACGGACGUGGACUCGGAAAUAAGGGAGCUGCACAACACCGCGUCGCAAGUGUCAAGCACUCUCGCACUCAAUCUCCGCCGCAUGUACGCCGAAGUGAGCGGCGACCGGAACUUCAAGCUUCUUUCGGCGCUCCUGCGCUACUGCCGGUACCUGGACGAGCUGCGUAUUCAUUUCGUGCGCGGAAACUUCAUGAACGCGCUCCUGGAAUGUAACGCCAUCCUCGAACAGAGCGUCAAUUUGGAAACAUUCACGUUCUCUUCCGAGGUGCCAGCCUCCAAUCAACGCCUGCCGUUCCCACCGUCGCACUUCACGAGCUGCGCGGUCGUCAACGGCAACGUCAGCUACCAGAGGUCAGGCAACAUGUGCAGCUGUGUUCUACUCCGAGAUCUCGCUGUCGGCAGCGCGGAUCCCCUCCAUCUGCCGCAACAGCUCGUCCUGGUUGCCGUCCACAACGCAGAAGGCAUCACGGCGGAAUGGAUUCGGGCGGCCACCCUUGGGCACUACUGGGAGAACGUGAGCCAACUCUGUCUUGUGCUGUUACCGGCACAGCCCUCCGACGGUGUAUACGCGACGGCUGGCGCCGCCUACCGCGACAGUCUUCGCGACUUUAUCUCCGUCAAGCUCAAGCAACUAGUCGAGCUUAACAUAAGCGCGUUCCACUUCGGCCCCGACCUCGACUUGACGGCACUGCUCCAGGACGGCUCGCUGCGGCAUCUGCGAUCCCUCUCCGCGACCCCCUGCGGCCUUCGCCGCCCGUCAGCUCUGCGCCGUCUGGCACAGAACUGCCCCGACUUCAAAGAACUCGACGUGCGCAUUAAUAGGCGCGGCAGCUUUGUUCGGUGCGCCGUCUGCGAGGGUGAGUUCUUCCUCGAUCCCGAAGACAUGCCGCAAAUGCAAGACGGGGCCCCCGUGUUUCACAAUGCGCUUGUCAGGCUGACUCUGAGUGAUGUGCAUGGCCGUAUCUCCUUUUGGUUCAUUGAGACCUGUCCAGCGGUUUCGGUGAGGCUGUCGGACUGCCCCAAUCCGUCGCACCCAGACUACCCGACCCUGGGUCAGCUGCUCGCCAGAAACAGCUCGCUGAUUUGUCUCGUGCUUCGGCACGAUGCCCUGCCCUUCGGCGAGGCGUGCCUGAUGGAAAACAUCUCCCGCAUCGCCAGCCUGCAGUACCUGUGCCUUCUGUCAGCGGCGCCAUUACUGGACAUUGUCGCCGAGGUGUCCCUGCUGGCGCUCAGUGAUCGCCUGAAGCCUCACAUAAAGGGUGUACACGUUCACUACCGAACCCCUGCCGGCGGCACCGAGAAGCGGAUCACGUGGAUUAGGCGGGGUGGCGCUCCAACCGGUGGCGUCCUGGUUCGAGACGGUCCCUGCUUCCUCCAUUGUUCGACGGCUACGUUCAUAGGACUUGCCAAGCCGCUGAAUCGUGACUUCAAAGAGAUCAUGUAUUGAAGGCACCGUCGAGACGUAAUAAUGUCUCAUAUAUACGCGUAAAAGUGCCUACAGUGAUACAGCUUAUCAUUUGAUUUUUUUCAUACAUAUCUUCGAAUAAGUAUGCCUUAUCUCUUGUUUAGUUUUUUUUUUUUUUUUCUCACCGAGUGUCUGAAUUCGCGCUAAAAGGACCCUGCAAUGCUUUUUGAGCCCGUUAAGUAAAUCGCGCUAUACGAGAGACAAUGCUUCCGGACCGCAUGGGCCAAAUAUGCUCUCUUUCAUGCAGCAGGGAACAUUUUUUGUUUUUGUUUUUUUUAUUGCCUGUUUGUACUUUUAUAUGAAACAACAAAUGACAUGGAAAGGUGGACAGUGGAAAGGUGGACAUCUUUCAAUGUUUGCAAGAGCUACAGUUUGUCAUCUAUUUUUUUCGCAAAACUAUGGUAUGUAAUGCAGGUAUUGCAUUGUUCCAGGGUAAAUGCACAGAAGUUGCACCGAGUAUUGGCAGUAUUUGUGUGGGCUUCGAAUUGGGAACGAUGCAGUCGAACGAAUUUGUUCAGGCGAGUUAAAGACGGAGGUAUGGGUAUGACGCAGCUAUUUAUACGACAGGUCGUAAACCGGUUUUUAUUUUUCCGCGACUUAAGCGAUGCUUUCUUGCGCACGGUGUGCCAAGUUAGGCUGAGGAGCGCGUUACCUGGCUAUGUAGUCUGUACAGACAAUAUGAGCGGUCCUGUUUGUGGAUUUCUUAAAGAAGUUAUUUUAAGUGUACGGUUUUUGUGCGUUAGAUUUUCAAAUUAGUAGCUUUUUUCAGUGAAACGUAAAACAUUGUACAAAGAUUUAUGCGAUGUAGUUCUCCCUGUGCCAAUGUACAGGGCCAUAGAGAGCGGAGGCCAGGGGCAAGACGUGCUUAAGAGGGUGAAAAGAAUGCAAGUAACGCCACAGACCAAGUCUUUCUUUUUUAAGCUUCACACGGGUACGUUGAAUGUCAAAACCUUUUUAGGAGAUCGUGGUAUUUUCUUACCCUGGGGCUCGCAUUGCUUGAUCUGUAAGAAACCAGAAACUAUAGAUCAUGUAUUUCUAGACUGUUGGGCGGGUGUCUUCUUUUGGGAUGUACUGCAGAGGACUAUCAAAAACGACUUUCCUUUAGAUCCACAGGGCAUUAGAUAUUUAUCUAUAGAAAACGAUGAUGGACUGCCGUUUGACCUUAUUAUGCUAGUUGGCCUUCACUGUCUAUGGCGCGCCCGUAUGGCGGGGUAUCACUGCGAUCCGGAUGCUCGGCCUGCACGAAUGCUUUUCCGAGAAUGCAUGUCGAGAUUUGUGGAAAUUCAGAAAGCACAAGAUUGUGUACCUGCGUGGCUGUCAAGGGUGGAACCCUUGACCACGCUCAAAGAAUUCUAAAAUAGUCAGCCCUGUAAGGCUGACACUUGGUGCUGAAAACUUGCUAAUUUAUCCUGUUUUCUCAAAUGUCAUUUGCGGCGGGGAACGUACAAUGGGCGCGGCAGAAUGCCCAGGUGGCGCUGCGGAAACGCCGGUACACAGAUCCCUCCGGGUCGGGCUUGUCGGUUUCGGGUAGCACGAAAGCGCGAAGCACGACCUCCGAGAUCGGGUGGCGCAUCUCGAAGGCGAUGCACGAAAGCGCUGUGGCGAAUG